UAUUUUUGAAGAGCCAGGAUCAUUACAAUUAUUACCGUUAUCGAUAUUAUGAUAAUUUCUCAUUAUUGCUUUUUAAAAAUCAUUUGUGUGUUUUUUCGCAAAUGAUGUAGUUUGUGAGGAUGUGACUUUCAUUGUGAAAAGUCGAACCGGAAGUGCUAUACAAGUUCCAUCACAGCCGGUAGCUAACUAGCUAGCUAGUUUGUUGUUGCCUCACCAACAGCUACUAAACUAGCGAUUAUUUUCUGCUUCUGUGGAUUGUGACACAUCUUUGACUGGCUGGUAGAUGGUGACCAGCGCUGGAACAUGGCUUGCGAGCGAAUGCGGACGGCCUAAAGCGAAAAGCGCACUGACGUUUAUUUGCUAGUUGAAUUUGACACCUCGCCCACUAACAUAGCUAACUGUUAACCUUGGUAGACAUCCACACUGGUCUGCUAGCAGCCUUUGCACUGCAGCUAGCUGAAUCUACCCAGUUAGCUGUACCCAGCACCUUAAGCAGUUCAGUUGAAGUGAUGCAACUAAGGUAUAUCCACUGUUGAAUCAUCAUGAUGGCAGGUUCCCAGUGGGAACUUCCCCCAGAGCUAUGUUGUCGACCCAUGGCCUUUGUGGCUUUAACUGGUCUGGAUGUGGUGUAUAAUGCUGUGCACCGGGCCAUUUGGGAUGCUUUCUGUGCCAAUCGGCGAGCUGACAGAGUUCCUAUCUCUUUCAAAGUCCUCCCAGGAGAUCACGAGUACCCAAAAUGUCGCACUAAGCGAACAUCCUAUGAGUGGUACAUCCCUAAAGGCAUCCUGAAAACUGGUUGGAUGAAUAAACAUCUGAACCUGGUACCAGCUCUGGUUGUUCUCUUCUAUGAACUGGACUGGGAUGACCCACAGUGGAAAGAGAAACAGUCUGAGUGUGCAACUAAAGUCGAGAUUGUCAGGACCAGUCUUCAGGGCAGGAACACAAAGGUGGCUGUGGUUCUGAUCCAGAAGAAAACUCCUCUCCCUCCUGGAGAGGACCUGGUGGCAUCAGAGAGAGCAUCAGCCCUUUGUAGCGCCUGUGAUCUGUCUGGCAAGAGUCUCUUUGUGCUGCCACACACCGACCAUUUAGUGGGCUACAUUAUAAGGUUGGAAAAUGCUUUCUAUGAACAUGCACAGACUUACUACUAUACUGAGAUCCGUCGAGUCAAAUCACAUAAAGAGUUCCUCAACAAGACAACACAUCAGCUGCUGUUUGUCAGACACCAGUUUAAAAUUGCCUUCUUCAGCGAGCUGAAACAAGACACCCAGAAUGCUCUGAAGUACUACAGAACUGCGUACAGUCUUGUUCAUGAGCUCAGAGCCCACGAAACCAAUAUGUUGGAGAUCAAAACCAUGGCUGGAUUCAUCAACUAUAAGAUCUGUCGUCUGUGUUUCCAGCAUAACACUCCUCUGGAUGCUAUAAGCCAGUUCAGGAAGCACGUUGACUUGUGCAAGAAGAAGAUCGGCAGUGCUGAACUGGCCUUUGAGCAUGCUGCUUGGAUGUCGAAACAGUUCCAAUCAUUUGGUGAGCUGUUUGAUGAAGCCAUAAAGUUGGGUCUGACUGCCAUCCAGACCCAGAACCCCGGCUUCUACUACCAGCAAGCUGCCUGUUACAGCCAGGACAGGAAACAACAGGCACUUCAGCUUUGUCAGACUGGAGUGAAAUUUCCCUCCUCUGAACUGGAAACCCAGAGUGGAGGACUGGACUUUUAUGGCCAGAGACCCUGGAGACAAGGACACCAGAGUAUUGAUCCUCCAGAUGCAGAGAAGGAGAAGACUGGGAUUGUGGCCCUGCAGAUUAAAGAGAGAGAUGUUCCACAUUCUGAGCUCAUAAUAGCACUUCUCAGUAAUGCUGUCGCCCAGUUUAAGAAGUACAAGUGCCCUCGAAUGAAGAGUCACCUCAUGGUGCAGAUGGGGGAAGAGUACUACCACGCGAAAGACUACACCAAAGCCCUGAAGCUGUUGGACUACGUGAUGUGUGACUAUCGCACAGAGAGAUGGUGGGGCCUCCUGACAGCCAUACUGACCACAGCUCUGCGUUGUGCUUAUCUGAUGGCCAGCAUUAAAGACUACGUCAUGUACUGCAUGGAGCUGCUUGGCAGGGCAUCAACACUGAAGGAGGAACAAAAGUCGAGGAUCGAGAAGAAUCUCAUCAAAGUCCUGAUGAAUGAGGUCCCUGACGCUGAGCCGGAGUGCGAUUCCUCCUCUGUCAGUGCAGCCAGGUCGCUGUGGAGCGACCGCAUGGCUUUGGCCGGAUCAAAUGAGCUGACUUUAGAAGUGCAGGACUACAUCCCGUUCAUCCAGUGUAAGGCCAAGUUCCAGUCUCCCAGCUUCCACAUAGACCAGCCCAUCCAGCUGCAGGUUUUCCUUCGAGCUGACUGUCCUCAUCCCGUGUCAUUCAAGAAGCUGGCUGUCAGCCUCAGUAACCAGGAAUACAACCAGUGGUGUGUGGUGGAGUCUUCAGGUCAAGACAACAUGAACCUUUUGCCAGGAAAAAGCAAAUGCUUCAACUUUAGCUUUGUAGCAAAGACUGAAGACGUUGGCAAGAAAAUAGAGAUGACAGGUGUUGAAGUGAUGCUGGGCGGUGACAGUGGCCGCUGUGUAUUUGUGAGCUGGAGAGGAGCAGGUGGAGACGCCGCCUCCAGCCAUGAAGCCUUGCAGGCCAGCAGGUCAUCUCGUCGAUGGGGUCGGUGUGCAGCGGCAGAUCAAGAGCCGGACUGGGACAGUCUGACCAUGCAGCACAGUACCAUGAUCAUCUCCAGAGUCCCAAAGAUUUCUGUUCAGCUGAGCCACCAGCCUCCUGCACUCAACAAUGAAAUGUACUGCAUCAGCGUCACUGUCCAAUCACAGGAGGAAGGUGUGGCAAAGGAUGUCAAACUGACAGCUGGCCUCAAACCAGGCCAGGAUGCCACUCUGGGCCAGACCACCCAUGUGACACUCGAUGGCUCAAAGGUGUGUGACGAUGCCGCACCUUCCCUGCUCCCCGAUGUGCCUCUGGGAGAUCUGAAACCAGGAGAAAAGGUGGAGAGACGAGUGUAUGUGAGGUGUGUGUCAACUGGACCGAGGGUCUUCCUGUUUCAUGUGGCCUACAGCAUAGACACCACAGUGGAAGGACGACAGAUUGUGUGUAAAUGUCACAAGGACGAGACCGUCGCCAUAGAGACGGUGAUCCCAUUUGAGGUGUCUGUAAAGUUUGUGUCCACCAAGUUUGAGCCACUGGACAGGAUCGCGGUGGACAUCCCCUUCCUGUUGAUGGCAGACCUCCUGUCAUCAUCUCCCUGGCCUCUUCAUCUGGCCUCCUCCUCUCUGCAGCUGCUUACCAUGACCAGCAACACGCCACAGCUUCAGUCACAGCUGCAGGAAGUGGUUUUGCAGACAGGUGAGUGUGCCAGUGAGUGUUUCUGUCUCCGGUGUCCUCCAGCGACCAACAGCAGUAGCGCUGCAGCCACAGGACAGUACCUGAUAUCAUGGAGAAGAAAAUCAUCCAGUGAAGACAGUCCUCUCAUUCAGACUGCAGUCACUCUCCCUCAUGUCAUCCUGGAGUCUGUCCCCCUUUACAUCCACGCUGAUUUACCAUCAUUUGGACGAGUCAGAGAGUCUCUCUCAGUUCGUUAUCACAUAGAGAACAGAACGGCUCUGGUGCAGGAGGUGGAGAUGGCUGUUGAACCUUCUGAUGCCUUCAUGUUCUCUGGACUCAAACAGGUACGUCUGCGUAUCCUUCCUGGCUCGGAGCAGCAGAUGCUGUAUAACUAUUACCCGCUGAUGGCUGGUUACCAAACACUACCACAGCUCAACAUCAGCCUGCCACGCUGUCCAGCCACCAACACGCACACACUGAGACGUUUCCUGCCCCAACGCAUCUUUGUCAAGCCUCAGGGUCGACAGCUCGAUGACGCCUCCAUCGCCGCAGCUUGAGGAGAACACACAAACUGUUUACUGUAAAUAUGAAAACAAAGCAUCUUUGUGUAGGUUGCUGUAGGUGACAGUAGUAACACUAUUUGUUUUAAAGAGGUCUGAAAACCAUCUGUCGACCAAAUAUCGGGAGGCACUAGUUUUCAGUAUUUCUGUUCAGAGUGAAUGCGAUGACAGAAUGAGCAGGACAGGCGGUUGUCUGUUUAACAGUGAAAGUCAUGGAUGAAUCUGACGUGAACUCUGUGGAAACUGGUAGAGUGUAACACAUGAAAUGAAUGUGCUGAAAUUUUAAUUAAAUUGAAGUGAUGUAAA